AUGACCAAAUUCCGUCCCUGCAUUGAUUUACACUCCGGCCAGGUGAAGCAAAUAGUGGGCGGAACGCUGAGCAGUGUUGCGGCGGACCUGAAGACGAAUUAUGUGUCGAAGUUGCCGGCCAGUCACUAUGCGGAAUUGUAUAGGAAGAAUGAUUUGAGAGGUGGACAUGUUGUUAUGCUUGGUCCGGGCAAUGAUGAGGCUGCUAAGGAGGCGUUGAGGACUUGGCCUGCUGGGUUGCAGGUUGCGGGGGGCAUUACGGAACAGAAUGCGAAGUAUUGGGUUGAGAUGGGGGCUGAGAAGGUUAUUAUCACAUCGUUCCUCUUCCCGGAGGGCAAGUUCUCUCUUGAACGGCUGCAGUCUGUUCUUGCUGCGCUGGAUGGUGAUAGGUCUAAGCUGGUCUUGGACCUGAGCUGCAGGAAGAAGGGCAACACGUGGUUUGUGGCUAUGAAUCGCUGGCAGACGAUUACUGAGAUGGAGAUUACGCAAGAAUCAAUUGCGUUCCUGGAGCCCUACUGUUCCGAAUUCCUCAUUCACGCUGCAGAUGUUGAGGGUCUUCAACAGGGUGUUGAUGAGGAGCUCGUGUCUAAGCUGUCCCAGUGGUGUACUAUCCCUGUCACAUAUGCCGGAGGUGCUCGGAAUCUUCAGGAUCUGGAGAAGGUUCACGUUAGCAGUCAAGGGAAGGUGGAUUUGACGAUUGGAAGUGCGUUGGAUAUCUUUGGUGGAUCUGGGGUAACGUUUGAGGAGUGUAUAGAAUGGAACAAGACGCAUUAG